ACUUCAUCCAUUCAUAAGGUGAUACCUGAUUUCACAACAUAUCCGUGCAACUUUCUGGAGUUCUAAUCUACAUUUUUCUUUUCAUUUGAAAAUAAGAUGUUUUGUUAAGUGCUGCAGUUUUGCCAGAAUAAGGAUACAGCUGACUUCAAACAUUACUGGGCUUCACUUGCCACCCUUCUGAUAAGGAAAACAUUUCAGCAGGUCAACCUUUGCCCGCUUCAUCGGGACUGCAGGGUACGAACCUACAACUUUAGGGUCAUCCAGAGGGAACAGUUUCGCAGCCUCAUCUCAGAGUUAGGGAGAUCGGCUUUUCUAGAUUUUGGCAGGAGCAAAUGAAAUGAGUUCUUUGAUUUUCCCCACCUUGAGUAUGAAGGAUCGAGAAGCUGUUGCUGUCUUGCACUAUCCAGGUUCUGGAAUUGUCACCAACAAAGUUAACGGUUCAUCCCAUAUCAGCACAGGUCUUCUUACUUCUACUCCUACAACUCAGCCACCUCCAUCUAAACAACCAAGCUUCAGCCUGCAGACAGCACCUCACCUUUUAGCCAGUAUGCAACUGCAGAAACUCAACAACCAGUAUCACCAUGGCAUCACAGUUUCCAGCAAUGCUGGUGACGCCACAUUGCCAUCAUGGAGCUACGGCUCCCAGAUGCUGGGACAGAACAUUCUCCCACCUAAUGUUGGACCUCAGGGGCCUGGUGCCAUAGACUUGGAUCCCAUCGAUGAAGAAGUGUUGAUGUCACUUGUCACUGAGUUGGGUUUGGACAGAGUCAGUGAGCUUCCAGAACUGUGGCUUGGACAAAAUGAGUUUGACUUCAUUUCCAACUUUUCCUCCAGUUGUUGACCAAAGAAAGGAUAACCAUUUGGAACCAUUCUAGGUGCACAGUGGCUUACGAUGAGGACUGCUUAAACUUUGAAUUAACUGCAUAUUGUUCUGUAGUGGGUCUUGCCUCUGUAGCUUGCCUUAAGAUGUUUUAUGACAUUUUUACGUAACAUCGUACUGGAGUCUGUCAAUGUAAGGAUGAUUUUUGUGGAACUUGUCAAGGGCUCCUACAUUAGAAAUAAGUGCAGUAAGGUUGCAAUGUGGCAGUUGACUGUUCAAGUUCCCUCUACGCAUAAUACAUUUAUGGAAGUACAACUAAACCUAUACAGUCUGGCUUUACAUGUGAGUUUUAAACUCUUUGUAUUUCUUUUUGUCCUUUUCAUAUACGUCAUCUUCAGACAACAUGGAUGAUGAUAUGCAACCAGUACUGCAGUUUAGGGAACCAGUGGUAGCUUGAGAGAGACAUUAUCCUGCACCACAGCGACUGAGCAAUUUAGUUUGGUUAUGCUACUAGCAAACUUAAGUCCUAGGAGUGAAGGACUGCAUUUGUUACGUUGCAUCUUUUCGUUCCUGCUCCACAUUUCUUCUGAGUGGACCCAUUACCGAUAUUUUGUGUAAUGCAUUUUGCUUUAUUGUUUCAAAGAGUGAGCUUGGUCUUGUGCCUUUUUUCUGCUCCACUGAUGGUACAUAACAUUCAGGGGAGGUGGGAAAUGGAAUGACUUGAAGCUCCUUCCCCAUUAAAGCUGUGAAAAUUGUGUGAACAAGAUUGUCCCUUUGCUUCAUCUGUUGGUCAAAACAUAAACGACAAUGGCUUGUGACUUCAUUAGUAUAAAAUAGCAUUAGUGCAGUUUGCAGAUUACUUGCUGCUAGUCUCUUCUUUGCUGGUGCUUAUAAAUGUGACAACCAAGGGCUAAACACUAACCAAAUGCAUGCUGGAUCAUUUUGUCUGUAAAUUAUGCCGCAGAAAUUGCAGGCUUUUAGCAUGUACAGUCUCACACACUUCUGGAAGGCUCAUAUUAAUAGAAAAGUGCACAAACUAAUUUGUAGAGGGAGCAAAAUAUUUUUGUAUGUUUUAAUAUAGUUGCAGCUUACUUUGCUCCUCAGUUGUAUCAUCCUAUUGAUUGGUAUUUAAUAGCUCUUGAAUCUGCAGCCUAUGUCACAUAGUUGCAUGCAAUGUAAUUUUGAACCAUUUGAAAACAAUGUAAAACAGCUGCUUUCAGAGAUUCAGAAAUCUGCAUGCAGUUGUGAUGUUUGCCUACAAUUCUGCAUGACAUUUUUUAGACCUAUUGCUGUCUUGCUCCUGUUCUUUGUAUCCUAGGGUUCUCUAGUGACAUCCUUUUGAAAAUGUACACUGUCUUUGUGUCCCCUUUUCCAGGACAAGACUAGAUCAGGGAUUAUUGGCUUAAGUUCAACAGGCCUUUUAUGAAGCACA